AUGUCUCUUCCUUCCCGCGAAACAGAGCUCAAAGCGUCCGCAGACGCGGCCUCGAACUUCGCAGACGCAUACUACGACGCCCUCAACCGCCGCAAGCCUCAGGGCACCGUCUCCAACUUCUACACGACGUCCUGCUCAAAGUACCCCUCGCAGCCCGACAUCUCCAUCAACGGCGCCGUCCUCUCGGGCGGGCCCGACGAAUACGUCGCCCUCCUCGACACCCAGGGCCCCGACGUGCGUUACGAGGUCGAGUCCCUCGACGCCCACGUCAUCAACCCCAACUUCUCGCUCGGCUGCCCCGACCACCUCCUGGCCGGCGACAGCACAGGCGCCAAGUGCAGCGUCAUGGCCCAGGUCACGGGCCGGGUGUACUACGGCAAGGGCCGCGACGCGCCGGCCAAGACGUUCAACGAGGUCUUCGUGCUGGUGCCCAACUGGGACACCUUGGUCAAGAACCCCCCGCGCGGGGUCAGGCGGUGGUUGAUCAUGAGCCAGAACUUCCGCGCGCUGUGA